AUGAUAAGGUGCAUCACCCGCAUCUCGAACCCAAUGCGCCGAAUACCGCGCCCCUCGCGGGCAAUUGAUCCCUCACAUCCCCUCUCCGCUUGCAUACGGCAAAGAGCCUCGCCAUUGCCCUGCCGCCCCGCCCCGUCGCCCUGCACCCAUCUCCGCACCCCAUCCGCCGCCUUCUCCACAACCGCACCCCAAGCCUUCCUGCUACCGGGCAAACAGGACAAGAGAAAGCACCAGCAGUUCGUGCGAAGAUGGCAGAAGCGUCUCCUUGGCGACUCGGAGCCUAUUGGUGCACACGUCGACCCUUAUGAUCCCACAUCACCGGUCCGCAUAGCGCCUGAAGACCAGGGCGAAUACGAAGAGGUCCUUGACGAGGAAGCCUCAAGAUUCCCCCAAUACAAGCCUGCGAAGUAUCUACGCGGCCUGCAUCGGGUCGGUGGCGAGGAAUGGCUGCAGGAAAAGGUCGAAAAGGACUUGGCUAAGGAAUUUGAGAAACUUACGCUACGGACGUACACGCCACUGACACUGGACAUGGCCAAUGAGAUCGAAGAGCUCACGGGCACUCCGUACACUUUGAAGGACGAGAACCUGCUUAUGGCGCAAACUGUACACGAGAAGACCAAGCGCCCAUAUACCGACUACAACUUUGGCCUCCACGCCAAAGCUACCCGGAUUACCGAUAUGCGUGCCAGUUUCACACAAGCUGUCGCCGAGAUUUAUGCCCUGAAGCAGGCUGGUUUAGAUAUGGACCUAUCCAAGUUUGCCAACCGAGGUGUUUACGAUCGGCCACGCUGGGUCAAGGACAUCAAGUUAGUCAAGACAGAAAGCGGUGAGCUUGCUCUUGCCUUCCCCCAGCACAAGAGCUUGGAAGAUCUCUUGGAGACGAUGCAAACGGCACCCGCUUGGGAGGCUGAGCCAGAGGUAUCGGACGAGCUGCUCGUUGAAGAGGUCGUUGAGGAACUUGAGGAUGCCGGCCUUGCACAGGAGCAAGUACAGACCAUGGACCCCGACACACCAGCACACAAGAAAGCAGCAGUGGUCAAGAUGGAUGGCGAGAACAAGCCGUUUGACUUCAUGUCGAACCGCCCCGUCCCUCGCGCCAAGCCAGUUGAAGCGCCCGUCAAGGAGGCAAUUGUUGAGGAAGUGGUCGUUCAAGAAACUACGCCACCUCAAGUUGCUCAAGACGUACCCCAAACCGAGCUUGUUGACCAUGCAGCCGACCCGGAGCCCGUUAACCAAAUCGCUCCAGCUGCAGCGAGCGAGUCGCGACAUGCUAUCCUCGAAGAGAGAGCGAAGCGUUUGGCGGCUGACUUUGCGGCUCUAAAAACCUCAGUUCAGCAGAGCAGCAGAGAUUCGUCUGCUAUCAAGCCCGAAGAGACGAAAUGGCGGCACGUUCCCGUCACUGACAUCAACGUCAAGUUCGCUGUACGUGUAUCGACCCUUUUUAUUUUACCUUUGCUGACUUAUGUAGCUUUACAAACGCCUUUACCAACUUACCGGCUGCCGCAUCUCCGAUCCACACCUCUCUUCCGCGAACACCCUAGGCGAUCUAUACAAUCAUGUAUUAGAGGCCGCCAAACCCCAGCCUACCAGUCUCUUCAGCGCUAUGCAUGUAGAAGGGCAGAAGGCACGUCAGCGAGCGAAGCAGCAGGCCACAUCUGA